GAAAGUAACUUAAAAUAUUUUAAGGGUAUUUAUUAAUAAUGAUAAUACUUAAAUAAAUGAUUUGUCUCCAUUAAACUAAAUUAUAAUAAGUACCUUUCCCGUGGAUGUCUUAAGAAGCGACUAAGGAAGGGCGAAGGAUGGAUAGUAGCGUUCCUCCUAAAACAUCUCUAAAAGCCUAACCUUGCCCAAGCAUGGCAACUACUGCCAAACCCCCGUAUGGAGAAGGUUUAUAUCCAGCAGUGGAUAGUUAACGGCUGAAAUAAUAAAAUAAAUAAUAAUUAGGUAUAAUAAACAGAAAUUUCUUUUUAGGUAUACUGGAGAAAUACAUUCAAUUUUAACAAUGGUGUUCGAUUACUUUGACAAGUACACAUUCUUAUGUGAAAUGUACGACGCAGAUGCAGACGAAGUAGUGGAUCUAGUCUUAAAUUUUUUCCCUUUUGAUAAUUCAGUACAAAUUAUAAAUUCUAAAAAAGGCAAAAAUUUACUGAAAAGAGUGCAACUGCCACCACUAAAAAUAGAAAUGUUACAAAUUGGUAACAUAGUAAACAUAUUCUCUAAAUUACUUCAUAUUAAAGAUUGUGCGCCGGCUACACGUAGAACUUUAUUUAAUAAUGUACAAAGUACAUUCGCGCUCAUCAAACCUGUUCCUUCAAGUGCACAUGGCAAAAUAAUCACAUUCAUCAUGAAAAAAGGAUUCCGAAUAGUUCGUAUGAAAAAUGGCAAAAUCAGCAAAAAUUUUGCAAUGGAAUUGUAUAAAAGUAUUGCUGGAAAUAAUAUGUUGCCGAUUAUCAUAGACUAUGUAACUACGGGCGAAGUGAUCGGUUUGGAACUGGUGGCUACCGAUGCAGUAAAAAAAUGGAGAAGUUGCCUGGGCGCCACAGAUCCGCAAGAUGCUGCACCGGGUACUUUGCGGCAUCUCUAUGGCGAAAACAAACUUAGAAAUGUUGCCCAUGGUUGUAACACACUAGAAGAGGCGUCACAGAUGCUGGAAUUAUUUUUUGGUAACGAUCAAGGUAUACCACGUAUUCCAUUCCGAGCAACAUUCAAAGAUUGCACCUGUUGUGUUAUAAAACCGCAUGCUGUGCUCGAUGGAAAUGUGGGCGCGAUUCUUGAACAGAUAUCAACAUCUGGAAAGUUUUAUAUUUCGGCUAUGGCAAUGUUUUCUGUAAAAUUAGCAAAUGCAGAAGAAUUUUAUGAAAUAUACAAAGGAGUUCUCCCCGAAUACGAGGCUAUGUGUAUUCAUAUGGCAGAAGGAAAAUGCAUCUCAUUGGAAAUUAAAUGCGUAGACCCCAACAUGAACUGUGUCUGCGAAUUUAGAAAACUAUGCGGACCAAGAGAUCCAGAUGUGUGUCGACAGCUCUAUCCAGAUUCAAUCAGAGCACAAUAUGGAAAGAAUAUUAUUCAUAACGCAGUGCACUGCACAGAUCUUCCUGAAGAUGGCGAACUAGAAGUAGAGUAUUUUUUUAAACUUUUAGCCAAUGAUUAGUAGAUUCUGAUUAGGCAUUUACAAUAGCGUAUUUAAGAUCAUUUUCUAGGGGGCCUGACCCUUUAAAAAAGACGCAUAUGCACUCUUAAACAUAUUUGGUCAUAGCUAACAAACUCCGCGCCUGAUCCCAGGGUGAGCACUAAACAUUUCUAGGAUGGGCACGGCCCACCCAGUCCAUAUAUAUACGUAUACAAGUCUUUAGAUUUGGAUUUUGACGGUCAAAUGACAAAGUCUGCAUAAUACCUAUUCAAUAAUAUCUGUAUGUAUAUAUGUAUCUACGUAAAUAUUAUAUUUAUAAUAUGGGAAAAAAUAGCACAUAAUAAGAAUAAUAAUUAAAAAUAAUUUAUUUCUUAUUGAAAUAAAUCCACCUUAUUUCGGGAAUUUUAUCUCAUUUGUAGGGAUUUUUUCGCAUACUUACUAAAAAUAUCCCGAAUUCAUAAAAAAAAAUGGUGAUAUUUAUAAUUAUAUUUAUGCUUAAAAUUGAAGAUAUUUACCAGUUAUAAAUUAUUUUUUUUAUUAAUUAUAUUUUUCGUCUUAUAAUUUUUACUCUAUUUUAGUAUGCAGUAACUCAUUUUACUUAAACACAGAGACGUUAAUAUACGUUGUAAUUGUAUUUUUUUAAGUAUAUAGAACACUAAUAAAAAAGUCAGCUAAUUUGACAAUUGGCUGAUAAAAAGUUGAAGUUUUUCAAGCUCGAGGCUCUGUCUGUAUUUGUAUCUGCAGUAUAUAAUCUAAGCAAAUUUUAUUCAAAUCCAUUCAGAAAUUUUGCAUAAAAAAGUAACAAACAUCCAUCCAUCAUCAAAAAACUUAUAAUUUUUAGCCUGUUUUAAAUUUCAAUAAAAAUAUAAA